AUGGCGAAGCAGGAACAGCUUGAAGUCGACGACAGAGGCGUCCUACAGCGCACUCGUACGGCGACAGACUGGGAUGGACCUACUGACCCCGACAACCCUCGAAAUUUCCCUCUGCUCCGCCGCACAUCCUCGACACUGGCAGUCACUUUUCUCGCCUUUGUGAGCACUCUGGCAGCUUCGCUUUACAGCCCGGCGCAUGAAGACGUCUCGAGGCGAUUUGGCGUCUCGGAUGAGGUCGCUAUCCUUCCACUAUCCGUCUAUAAUUUCGGUCUGGCUUUCGGACCUCCCAUCGGGGCUCCUCUGAGCGAGACGUUCGGCCGCAAGGCAGUCUUUUUGACCACCACCCCUAUAUUCGCUCUCUUCACUCUAGGGGCCGGCUUUUCCCAAGGGCCUGCAUCUCUGAUUGUUUGUAGAUUCUUUGCUGGGGUAUUUGCCUCGCCAGCUAUCAGCAACGCCUCCGCCACAAUCGUCGACUAUACCGCCGGACGUUAUAGAGCUGUUUCGUUAGCGUUCUACUAUUCUAUACCAUUCUUUGGAGCAGUAUUCGGGCCUCUCCUCGGAGGUUUCGUUGUCGAGACUAAAGGGUGGCGUUGGACACAAUGGGUCACACUCUUCUUCAUUGUCACAUUCUAUAUCCCGAUUAUAUUCACCAAAGAAACCUACAAGAAGACCAUCCUCCAACGGCGAGCGAAGAGGCUCAACAUCCAGGGCCCUCCUCAACAGGGCCGGUCGAUUCCUGCCUCUAUCAGAUACUUCUUGACAACCCUUUUUCUCCGCCCCAUCCACAUGCUGGUCACCGAGCCGAUCGUCACCAUUGUAUGCCUAUAUAAUGGCUUCCUCUUCGGCUUGAUGUACACCUUCGUCGUCGCCUCACCCUGGGUUUUCCAGCGCUACUAUGACUUUUCGGUGACAGGCCAGUCCUUGUCAUUUCUCGGUCUGAUGGCUGGUACAGCUCUUUCGCCCUGUCCGCUCAUUUUAGUCGACACGUACAUUUACCAGCCGCGUCUGAAGCAGUUUCGCGCUGAAGAUUCGGGGGGAGAUGAGCGAUUUCCCCCAGAACAUCGCCUUUAUCCGAGCAUGAUCGCAUCCUUUAUUCUUCCUGGCUGCCUGUUGAUCUUUGCGUGGACAGCACACGCUCAGGUCCACUGGAUUGUGCCCAUCAUAUUCCAGGGCAUGGCGUUUACCGCCACAGUAAUGGUGUAUGCCUCUAUGAACUUGUUCAUGGUCGAUGCCUAUGGCCCGCUUUACGGCGCGUCGGCUGCUGGUGCUGCGAUGCUGUCGAGAUAUGGCCUGUCGGCUGCGUUUCCCCUCUUUGCUCUAAAAUUCUACAAGGCACUCGGCGUCGGAUGGGCGACUUCAAUCCUGGCAUUUUGCACGCUGAUUAUGGCGCCGAUGCCUUGGAUGUUUUGGCGGCAUGGGGAGUUGUUAAGGGCAAAGACAAAGUAUGAAACAAGCACAUGA